UGUCUAUACAGUCAACUUCAUGACUAAAGAGUUGAAGAAGGUGAGGCAUGGGAAUUCCACAUUCUCUUCUCUCUGUUCCGAUUAUUCGAAAUCUGCAUCUCGAAUUAUCGGUGAUUAGGUUAGAUUGUUGAGAAUGCCUCCUUAGUUUCUUGGCGGAGAUUUUGUUUCGAUAUUCAUUCAUUCGUGUUACGGAGCUGUAAUGGCGGACGGAGUUGUUUCAUUCGGAGUGCAAAAGCUGUGGGAGCUGUUGGUUCGGGAAUCCGAACUGUUAACGGGAAUCCAUGAACAAGUUACUGAACUACGGAAUGAUCUGAGGAGGUUGAAGUGUUUUCUGAAAGAUGCAGACGCCAAAAAACACGGAAGCGAAAUGGUGAGAAACUGUUUGGAAGAAAUCAAAGAAAUCGUCUAUGAUGCAGAGGAUAUAAUCGAGAAAUUUCUUCUCAAAGAAGGAAGAGGGUUCGAAAAGGGUGUGAGGAGGUGUGCUUGUAUGGCUAUGAUGAAUCGCAGAAAGGUCGAUUCUCAAAUCAAAGGCAUAACCCUCAGGAUCUCCAAGGUAAUAGGGACUAUGCAAAACUUUGGUGUACGGGAUCUCAUUGACAUAGAAUAUUCUCAAGAUCCCUUAACUGAAAUCCGGCAAUCCUUUCCAAAUGUUUCCCAAAGUGAUCUUGUCGGGUUAGAGGGUAGCAUUGAAGAACUAACUGGUCAUCUGGUGAAGAAAGGCAAUCUUCGAGUGGUUUCUAUAUGUGGGAUGGGUGGUAUCGGGAAAACGACUCUAGCCAGACAAGUUUUCCAUCACGACAUGGUGCGGCGUCACUUCGAGGAGUUUGCUUGGGUUUAUGUUUCACAACAAUGUAGGCGAAAGUACAUUUGGCGUGAGAUCUUGUUGAAUCUUAGGCCAAAAGAUGAGGAACAAAGGAUUCAGCAAAUGGCAGAGGGACAUCUCCAGGGUGAACUCUUCAAAAUCGUAGAAACAAGUAAAUGUCUGAUUGUCCUCGAUGAUAUAUGGAAUGCCACGGCUUGGGACCUUAUAGAGCCCGCGUUUCCUCGUAACACAGGCAGCAAGAUAUUACUCACUUCUCGGAACGAGAGUGUUGCUUCACAUGCUGACCCGAGAGGUGUAACUUUCAAACCAAGAUGCCUAACUCACGAAGAGAGUUGGAAACUAUUGCAGCACAUUUCAAUUUCUGGGAGAGAUGAUAUUGAAUUUAUGAUCGAUGAGGUGAAAGAAGAAGUUGGACAAAUGAUAAAACAUUGCGGAGGAUUACCCUUGGCUAUCAGAACUCUAGGUGGGUUGUUAGCUACCAAGCGUACUGCAUCCGAGUGGAAAAGGGUACAUGAAGAUAUCAGAUCUCGAAUAACAGGGAUCGGUCCUGAUGACAAUGAUGAUCCGGUAUUACAAGUGUUAUCUUUAAGCUAUGAAGACUUGCCCUUCCGUCUAAAGCAUUGCUUCCUUUACCUCGCACAUUUUCCAGAAGAUCAUGAGAUACAAACGGAAGCAUUGUUCCAUUACUGGUUUGCAGAAGGAAUAGUAGAAAUAUCAUCAAAGGAGAAAACCAUUCGAGAUAUUUCAGAAGGCUACCUUGAGGAGCUGGUGAAGAGAAACAUGGCAUUUUGGGACAUUGAGGAUGAAAGUUGUCGUCUGCAUGAUGUCAUGAGAGAUAUGUGUCUGUCCACAGCCAAAGAACAGAAUUUCCUAGAAGUAUCAGUACCAUCCCAUAACUCGAAUGCCUAUGCUUCAUCUCCUUUGCCCGUCAACAGGCCUCGAAGAAUUGCUGUACAUUUUCUUGAUGAUGGUGAUGGUGAUGAACCUAUCAUAUUUCACCAGAGACAUAUUAGAAAUUCAAAAGUAAGGUCCAUUUUGUAUAUCCCUCGAGAUUUCAACCCUUGGAUAUUGCUAGCUCCGAGCUUCAAAGGCUUAAAAUCACUUAGGGUUUUGGAUCUUUUUGAAGCUCAGUUUCGAAAAGGGAAGUUACCAAAGAGCAUAGGGAAGCUUGUUCACUUGAGGUACUUGAACUUACGGGAGACUAACUUAUCGAAACUACCAUCUUCUUUGGGGAAUCUAACUUUGAUGGUCUUUUUGGACUUGGGGAUCUAUGACAAAACAGUUCAUGUUCCAAAUGUUUUGAACAAGAUGAAAGAUUUGAGAUAUCUUAUGUUGCCUGAUGAACUCAGUGAGAAGACAGAGUUGGAACUGGGAAAUUUGGUGAAGCUGGAGAUCCUGAAGAAUUUCUCGGUGAAGCAUUGUAAUGUGUAGGAUCUUCUCCAUAUGACCAAUCUUAGAACUCUCUGGAUCAAUGUCUCUGGAACACAUAACAGGGAGAUUUUAUCUCCAUCUCUCAGUACGGCACUGAACCAUCUCGAGGAGUUUAUGGUGUAUCACAAGACAGACAAUGCAACACAACCCGUGAAGCUCGAUAUAGGACAGCUAGUUUCAGGUUUCCUUCGUCUAAACCAGUUGGUAUUGGAUAUAAAGAUGGAGAAGCUACCAGAUGAACUCCAGUUCCCUUCCAACAUUGCCUCGAUUUCGCUAUCCUCUUGUGGAAUAGCGGAGGAUCCAAUGCCAGUUCUUGAAAAGUUGCAGAGGCUGAAGGUACUUAGGAUAGAGGUGGAUGCUUUCGUGGGGAAGAAAAUGGUUUGCUCGAAAGACGGGUUCGUUCAAUUGCAUUCCUUAGAAUUGUCGGUUUUGGAUAAUCUAGAAGAGUGGAUGGUAGAAGAAGGGUCGAUGCCUCGUUUUUUUCGCUUGGAGAUCAACGAUUGCAGAAAGCUGAAGAUGUUGCCCGAUGGGUUGAGACAUAUCUCUGCGUUAAAAGAGCUGAGAAUUAGAUGGAUGGACAAAGCGUUCAAGGACAUGUUGGUUCAAGGAGGUGGAGAUCAUCACAAGGUCCAGAACAUACCCUAUGUUGUGUUUUUCAGCUGUGAUGAAGAUCAGCAGCAACAAUCACCAUCUCCAUAAACACUUGUACUGAAAAUUCUGAAAUCUUACCUUGUUUUUUUUCCCCAUAAUUUUGUGUUUCCUAAUGAUUUGAGAUUGCAAAUAAAGAUUGAGAGCAAGAAGUAUGUCGAGUGAGAAUAUUUGUGUUGGUUAUAAUUUUUGCAACAAAAUUAUGUAAACUAUAUAACUUUAUUUCAGGUGGUAAAUUUUAUCUA